UUCUUCCUUAGCUACUAAUCAGCUGAUAGCUGGUGACCUAACCAUACCGAAUAUACUCGGAGACUCGUAGUCGCAAAACCGAAUGUAUCACAUAAAUAACCAAUUCUAGCGCAUGCAGUAUAUAAUAAAAGAAGGAUGUCUUGGAUCGUGAAUUCUGUGCGCGCCGUUGUAAACACAUGGACACCGCAGGUGACGCCGGUGCGAUUUCGCUAUUACGCGGACAAGGUGGCCAAGGGCCCUUUCAUAAGGCGACAUGGAUACGAGGAUCCUAUAGAUAUGCGGGGCCUUUUACCGCGUCUAAAGAACGCUGAAAGACUACCGAUGCCGGUCUAUCGGCCGAGAGACGUCUGGUCCGAGAAGAGGGCACUCUUCGGACAAAAUGAUUAUAUUGAUAUAUUAGGCUCCGAUAAACUCCAUCCGACGAAAAUUCUUUACAACGUGCCCGCGUGGUUACGCGGUGUCAGGGGUAAUGAGUAUCAAGUCUUGCUGAGAAAAAGAAAGAUAUGGUCGAAAGGGAUAUUCCCAAUCGCGAGACCAACAAAGUGGAAAGAGCUAAGUAAGAGAAUAACAUACUUGUACAAAUUCCUAAAUCGUAAAACGAAACAAAAGUAAAAAGUAAAGUUAAUUUAAUCGUGAUAUAAUUGUGUAAUUAAAUCUUAAUUUGUCUGAAAAUAUAUACAAUUGCUGUGUUUUGCAACCGUUUCUGAAUA